CUGAGCACCGCGCUGGGAAUCGCAAGGACAACUGGGAUUCAACGGGACUUUGGACUUUGUCACUCUGUCAGUUUCUUGUUGUCAGUGAAGGAUUCUUGUUUGUUUUUUUAAUCAUCUGAGGGGAGAAUCAUGCAUGUGUUGCCGUCAGCGCGCCGCUUCUUGGCUCUGUACCUCACGCUGUUUGGAUACUUUGGAGACGUUUACGCGGGGACAGUGCUGAUGAACUCCAACGCCAUCAAAAACCUCCCCGGAGCUCCAGCCGGCAAAGGCACCAACACUGUCAGCCCGAGUCCGCGCACCUCACCCUCCUCCGUUGCCGCGGGACACAAACCUCCCGCGGACACUUUGCAGCAGCCGGGUGUGUGCACUGAUGACGAAGACUGCGGAGGUGAUGAAUUCUGCAAUGACGCCCGCGGCGCCUGUCUGCCGUGCCGUAAGAGCCGGAAGCGUUGCGCACGGGACUCCAUGUGUUGCGCAGGAAACCGCUGCAGCAAUGGUGUUUGUCAGGCAAAUGAUGUCGACUUCACAGAUGCAUCUGUUAUCACUGAGUGGCACAAACACAACAACACCAUGGAGCAUCAAGCAAAGAAGCCCCCCACUGCACACGGCCAUCAGCCUCAUGCUGUGAAAGGUCAGGAGGGUGACAAUUGCCUGCGUUCCUCCGACUGCUCCGAGGGCCUGUGCUGUGCCAGACACUUCUGGUCUCGCAUCUGUAAGCCCGUGCUGACGGAGGGCCAGGUGUGCACGCGCCACCGCAGGAAAGGCAACCACGGCCUGGAGCUGUUCCAGCGCUGCGACUGCGGCGAAGGCUUGGCCUGCAGACAAGAGAGAGGAGGAGAGCGAGAGCAAAGUGUCAGCAGGACUGCAGCCCGGAACCUACACACCUGUCAGAGACGCUGACACAGAAGCACACACACGCAUCCUGGGUCAAACACUUUGCACACACACACAC